GCUGGCGGAGCGCGGAGCUCGCCGGGCCUGCAGCAGGAGGCAGUGGUGGCCUGACACGACCCCCGCCCAGCGCCGGGCAUCGGCGGCGACAGCCCGGGGGGCCGGGCCACCCCUUCCCCUGCAGCCCGCCGGAUGCUGCCGGGCUCGGGGCCGGGGGGCCACGGGCUCGGCGGGCAUGAGGAGCAGCCGCAGCAGGGAACAGUGACGUCCCCGGUGCUCUCCCCCUGAGGGGGCUGAACCCCCCCGCCUGGAGCUCACCCCCCCCCCCGGAGGCUGAGCCCCUCCUCUACCCAGAAUCCUUAACUCUCCCCAUGACAGAAAGCGCCCGUCGCCUUGGAGACGCCCGCCCGCAGCCCCCCACCCGCCAGGCCCGGGGGGGUCUGCGCCGCCCCUAGCAGCAUGACAGCAGCUGCCCCCGCCCCCGGGGGCAGCCAGGGCAGAGACCGCCUGCCGCCCCGCCGGGGGCUGCCGUGAGCGGAGCGCUCGCCCGCCGUGCCCCCGCGGGACGAGGAUGGAGGUGGUGGGGGACUUUGAGUACAGCAAGAAGGACCUGAUCGGGCACGGAGCCUUCGCCGUGGUCUUCAAAGGCCGCCACCGCAAGAAAACUGAUUGGGAAGUAGCCAUAAAAAGCAUUAACAAAAAGAAUUUGUCAAAGUCACAAAUCCUGCUUGGGAAAGAAAUAAAAAUCUUAAAGGAACUUCAGCAUGAGAAUAUUGUGGCACUCUAUGAUGUCCAGGAAAUGUCCAACUCUGUCUUCUUGGUAAUGGAGUAUUGCAAUGGUGGAGACUUGGCAGAUUACUUACAAGCUAAAGGAACACUUAGUGAAGACACCAUCCGAGUUUUCCUCCAGCAGAUUGCAGCUGCUAUGCGUAUCCUACAUAGUAAGGGAAUAAUUCAUAGGGAUCUUAAACCACAGAACAUCUUGUUGUCUUACGCAAGUCGUAGGAAGUCAAGCGUCAGUGGCAUACGAAUCAAAAUAGCUGAUUUUGGUUUUGCUCGUUACCUGCAUAGUAACAUGAUGGCUGCCACUUUGUGUGGGUCCCCUAUGUAUAUGGCUCCUGAGGUUAUUAUGUCGCAACACUAUGAUGCCAAGGCAGACCUGUGGAGUAUAGGAACUGUGAUUUAUCAGUGUCUUGUUGGGAAGCCACCUUUUCAGGCCAAUAGUCCUCAAGACUUGAGAAUGUUUUAUGAAAAAAACAGGAAUCUGAUUCCUAGUAUUCCUAGGGAAACAUCAGCAUAUCUGGCUGACCUGCUGUUGGGUUUACUUCAGAGAAACCAAAAAGACAGAAUGGACUUUGAAGCGUUCUUCAACCACCCUUUCCUUGAUCAGGUUUCAACAGUCAAAAAGUCUUGCCCUGUGCCAGUGCCCACAUAUGCAGGCUCAAUAGCUGGCAGCUCCUGUGGAAGUUCUCCUUGUCGUUUUGCUUCUCCUCCUUCCUUGCCAGACAUGCAGCAUAUUCAAGAAGACAACUUGUCUUCUCCACCAUUGGGUCCUCCUAACUAUCUUCAGGUAUCCAAAGAUUCUGCCAGCACCAGUAGCAAGAACUCUUCUUGUGACACAGAUGAUUUUGUUCUGGUUCCACACAACAUCUCUUCAGAUCACUCAUAUGAUAUGCCAUUGGGAGCAGCUGGCAGACGGGCUUCAAGCGACUUCAUGAUGUGUGGAGGGCAGUCACCAUUAACCAUUUCUGGAAGCUCAGGAACUUUACAGAAACCAUCCUCAAGCUCCACCCGAAGUAGUUCUUCUGGUUCAGCUAACAGACAAUGUCAGCCUUCAGUGUCCCCACGCAGCGAAACGGCACCUAUUCCGGUUCCCACUCAGUUGCGGAAUUAUCAGCGUAUAGAGCAGAAUCUCACAUCUACUGCCAGCCCUGUGUCAAACCCCCAUGGAUCACCGAGAUCUGCAGUGGUGAGGCGGUCUAAUACCAGCCCCAUGGGCUUUCUGAAGAUGGGCUCCUGUUCACCAGUACCAGCAGACACUGCGCAAGGUGUUGGACGCAGGCUGUCCACAGGGUCUUCGAGACCGUAUUCUCCUUCGCCCUUAGUUGGAACCAUACCUGAGCAGCUUGGGCACUGUUGCUGUGGUCAACCUCAAGGGCAUGAAUCAAGGAGUAGAAAUGCCUCAGGUUCUCCAAUACCACAGUCUCAGUCACCGCAGUCCCUCUUGAUGGGAGCCAGGCUGCAGAGUACCCCAACUCUAACAGAUAUCUACCAGAACAAACAGAAGCUUCGAAAGCAACAUUCAGACCCUGUAUGCCCAUCAUAUGCAGGGUAUGGGUAUAGCUACUCUCCACAGCCAAGUAGGCCAGUCAGCCUGGGAACAUCACCUACAAAACAUAUGGGAUCAUCACCUAGGAGCUCAGACUGGCUGUUUAAAACUCCAUUACCAACAAUUAUUGGCUCUCCCACUAAGGCAACUGCUCCUUUCAAGAUACCUAAGACUCAAGCAUCCUCAAACUUGCUGGCCUUGGUUAGUCGUCAGGGUUCGGCGGAUGUCCCAUUGCAGUCUAAAGACAUGACUGACCCAAGGGAUUUCACGCACUUCCACUCGACACAAGGAAGUGAAAAACAGGCAGUAGAACAGCACAGCAAGGCUCCGUUUGGCAGAUCUGUCAGUACUGGGAAGUUGUCAGAUCAGCAAGCGAAGACUAUCCUUGGUGGCCAGUUAUAUCAGGGCAGCACAGACAGCCUCAAUGCUGAGCGACCAAUGGAUACAGCUCCAGCAGGGGCCUGUGGAAUUGCAAUGGCACCUCCUUCCAUGGGAACUGGAGCAAGUUCUAGGGCAGUAAUGUUUACUGUGGGUUCCCCUCCAAACAGUGCUACCCCUCCUACUUGCACCCACAUGGUCCUCAGAACUAGAACAACUUCAGUUGGAUCAAACAGUUCUGGAGGGUCUCUCUGCUCUACUAGUGGCCGUGUAUAUAUGGGCUCCCCUCCCGGUAUUUAUAUGGGUUCUUCUCCUCCUGGAGCAGAGGCAGCUCCAAGUCUGAAGUACAUGUCUUAUGGUACUUCACCUCCCAGCUUAGAGGGUUUUAUCACUUUUGAAGCUCCUGAACUGCCCGAGGAAACAUUAAUGGAGAGAGAACAUACAGAUACACUGCGUCAUCUGAACAUGAUGCUGACAUUUAUAGAAUGUGUACUGGACCUGACAGCAGUACGGGGAGGAAACCCAGAACUGUGCACCUCUGCAGUGUCAUUGUAUCAGAUUCAGGAGAGUGUGGUUGUUGAUCAGAUAAGCCAGCUAAGCAAAGAAUGGGGACAAGUAGAGCAGCUGGUGUUGUAUAUGAAAGCAGCACAGCUACUAGCAUCUUCUCUGCAUCUGGCCAAAGCACAGAUCAAAUCGGGAAAACUGAACCCAUCCACUGCUGUUAAACAAGUUGUCAAAACUCUGAAUGAACGAUAUAAAUUCUGCAUCACCAUGUGUAAGAAGCUGACAGAAAAGCUGAAUCGUUUUUUCUCUGACAAGCAAAGAUUCGUAGAUGAAAUCAACAGUGUAACCGCAGAGAAACUCAUCUACAACUGUGCUGUGGAAAUGGUUCAGUCAGCAGCACUAGACGAGAUGUUUCAGCAGACAGAAGAUAUUACAUAUCGAUACCACAAAGCAGCCAUGCUGCUGGAAGGACUGACUAAGAUACUGCAGGACCCAGCAGAUAUAGAAAACGUUCACAAAUGUAAGUUAUUUUGGAGAGUGUAUUUUGUGUACCUUGGUAGUAACUGAAAAUUCCAGAGAGCGUAAAAAACUUGAUCCUCUACUUCUCUUCAAAAUGCAUAAAGUGUUUCUUUAUUAUAAAAAUAACGACAUCUGGCUACGGAGAACAGAAUAAAUGGGUCUAAUAUUUUGGGUGAAAUCCUGGCCCAGUUGAAGUCAAUGGGAGUUUUGCCAUUGACUUCAGGAGAGCCAGGAUUUCACCUCUAGUAUUGUUUGCCGAUCCAUGGCAGUCCACACAAAGCCUCUUCACAAGGCAAAUGCUGCUACAUCUCAAGGCACAAAGCCUUUCGCAGUAUUGCACUUGAAGCGGAAGCUAUUCCUGAUGACUAAGACAAGAGUCUUUAAAAUGUAAGAACUCAGAGGAACAAAUCUAUGUUCCAAAAGUGGAAAACUGGACAAAUGAAGGGCAAAAGUAGAUUUGUAAUAAAUUCAAUUUAAAAAGCAAAUCCAAAGGAUAAAUGCUGGACUUCUGAAACAAGACUAAACACAAACAGUGGGUAAAAAUCACUGUGCUGAGCUUUGUGUUUAACUUUUUUAAUAAAAUCCUCUGAAUGCAGAUGAACUUCUUUUGGCUGAUAUUUAUUACCUGCCUUGUAUAUUUAACUCAUGGGGGAGGCACCUGGAGCGUAAGAUGAGCACUUACAUAUUUUAAAUAUAUGUAAAUCUGUAAUUUCAUGAUUAGGCAUAGCCUAUAAAAGCAGCAAGCACGAGAGGAGCAGCCAGUUUGGAUGGUUUUCAAGUGCUCAUCCUUAGCUGAUGCUGCUAUAUAACCUGAAGAGCCAUGUCCGUUUUGAUGCAAUGAUUUUAUUCUUUCUGCAAUGAAAUGAAUUUGCACUUGAUGUGUUCAGAACUUGACGGUACUUUAACAUUUGUGGGUUUUUUUCAGAUAAAUCUAGUAUUGAGCGACGGCUCUCUGCACUUUGCUAUAGCACAGUGGCUGUAUAUGAACAGUAGCAGUACCCCAAGGACCAGGCGGUGUGAACAGAAGGGACCACUCAGUGACGUACUUUUUUUUGCUACAGCUUAAUUGUUGUCAUUGUCCCACUGCCCUGUGGAAGACAGUUUUUAAAGUUCUGUGGUGACUACCAAAGAAACAGCAGUAAAUUCAAAGAGGAAAAAAUCCAAAAGUACAACAUUUAUAGAAAAUCUGCCUUACUGAUACAGUCACUCGUCCCUUUUUCCUCCUAGCAGCAGAAUUUAAAAGAAAUAGGUCUUCACGUUUCUAACUGAACUUUGUACAUGUACUUUUAACUACAACAAUCAAUUUUAUUUUCCUUAUUAAGAACUAUUCAGAAUGGAUCCUUCUUCACAAAGUAUACAAAGCUGUGUUUCCAUAGGGAGAUUCCACUCAAAGGUUUGUGGAAGACUGUUUUUUAAUUGCCAGUAUCAGACUGUUGAAUGAAGGUAUGAAAUUCCAAAUGUAUAAACCUGCAGUUUGAAGGUUUUGUGGCUAAGCUUGUCUGGAUCCGAGCUUACAUCUUGUAAAUACAGCUCAUCAGUGAAUAGAGGAAGGGUGGGAAGUAAGUACCUUUUAAAGAAGGGGAGGAAGAGGUCACUGGAAGAAAUUUUGCUCCAUCUCUUCAAAAUACUCAAACAGUUUUAUCAGCUGAUAUGGAUACAACUAGAUGCCCUUCUUCCAAAACAGUUUGUAUUGCACUAAUUUACUAAAGCAACUGUACAUUCAUUUUUGAAGAACUAUUAAUUUAAAAAAAACACAAGAGAAAAGGCACAAUGGACUUAGCUGAAAAAGUUUUAUUUCAGUGUAUAUAAAAUCCUUUUCAGAAUUUCAAAUGUAGCUUCUAGAAGACUUUCAGACAAACUGUAAAAACUUGUAUUCAUGUGAACCUUUCCAUUUUAUACCUAUUUAUCUAAUACUUGAGUAACUACUGCUACAGACUUUCUCAGUAAUGGAAAUGUUUUGAGUUGCUGGUUGUUUGCUUUCUAUAUAGGUUUGGUUGCAUCUUUUGUUGUGCAUGCAGUAUGUGCAUUAUUGCCUGCAGUCUCUGUAAGUAUAGUAACAGCUCUCUGUAUCCUGUUUCUUGGACAGUAUUAAAACAAAUACUGUAAACUGAGAGGCUCUGUUAGGAGCCAUGUGAGACUAGAAAUAAGGUUUGGAAUCGGGAUGCUGAUUUAGUGAUGUGGGAUUUCUACAUACAGUGCGUGAAAAAUCAGGGUAUUUGUGUAUGCAUUUUUAGGGAGAGGUGGGAAACUUCCCAUAGCCUCAUAGGCACUUAUCAUUUCAAGCAUCCCUUCAGAUCAUCCGAACAGCAAUUCACAAAAUAUUUAGGCAGAUCAUCUUCUCUGGAAAUGGUUCUUAUAUUUUACUUUUGGAAGGGUUUUUUUUGGGUGUGGGGGGGUUACUCAACUGCUUGAAUACUUGAAUAAACCAUUCUCCAGGACAAAAUCAUUUUAAUCCUCUUUUAGAUACCGUGGUCUGAACUAUUUUACAAAGUUGUACAGUUCUCAUACAUCAAUAUUGUUUUAGUGUACUGAUAACCAUGUGUUUCCUUUACUUUGACAAAGUAAUGUACUUUUACCCUUAUUUAUCUGUAUGAAAUUCCAACAGUUAAUUUGAAAGUGUUUAUUUAUAUAAUGUUUGUAUUUUUAGGUCUUUAAUACAGUGUUUCUACCUCUCCUUUGUAACUGCAUGCAUUAUUCUUGAAACUAGGUAAUAACUCACUGAACUGUUGCAUAAUAGCCUUUUUAUUAUGGCCUGUAUAAAUGUAUAUUCAGGUAAAAUAAAGACUGACACCAGACGUG